UGUACGACUGACAAAUGCUUCGUAAACAUGGAAAUAAAAUCUCGGGCGCUGGGCUACUGGUAUGUUGACAUGCAGUACAACUGAAUACGUUGACCCAAUCUCACACAUGGACAAUCCUUAUUGAAAUUCGGAGACCCGUGAAGUUUUUAAAAGUUGGGUUCAAAUAAAAGUCAGCGGCAGAGAACAGGAGCCGUUUCUGGAAUAUAGGCUGAACCCAACAUCAUGUCAGACGACACAGAAAAGAAAUCCAAAUAUGGCUGCCUAAGCAUUCGACCAGGCUGCCUUCAGUUCGUUAACACGAUUAGAUGGCACGUACUAUUUCAUUGUAUCUUCUCGUUCUGUGAGGGGUUCAUCGUCAAUGGUGUCAUCAACAUAAUCAUCGUCACGUUAGAGAAAAGAUAUGAAUUGUCCAGUAAGGAGUCGGGCAUGAUCGCCUCGGCCAAUGAUUUCGGAGCUGCAGCUCUACUUAUGAUUGUGGGGUAUUUGGGGACUUAUGCCAAUAAGCCUCGUCUAAUGGGAGCUGGGAUGUUUUUGAUGUCUAUAGGAUGUUUGGUGUUUGCUCUACCGCAGUUCAUCGGAGAAAAAUACACUUACACCAUAUCAAGUGCAGGGGAAAACUCUACCGAUAACGUCUGCGUUGCGACCAAUUCAAGCACUGCAACUUGUUCAAUUCAAAGUUCGAAGCAAAAUUACAAAGGCUACUACUCCAUGUUGUUGUUGGGUAAUGCACUCAUCGGUAUCGGAGCAGUUCCAUCGUUUACGCUGGGAAUAACGUACAUCGAAGAGAACAGUAAAACCAGGAACUCUCCCUUCUACUUUGGUUGUACGUUUUGUUGCGCGGCGCUUGGUGUUGCUGUAGGCUACAUUGUAGGGGCACAAUCUUUGUCCAUAUUUGUAGACGUGGAUAAAGUGGACAUAAGCAGUCUUUCUCUGAGUCCACUGAGCCCACAAUGGGUAGGAGCCUGGUGGAUCUGUAUUUUGGCGGGAAUGGGAGGGUUUAUAUUGGUUUUGUUUCCUAUAAUCGGAUAUCCCAGAAGACUUCCAGGUUACGAUGAACUGCAGAAAGAAAAAGUUUCAGAAGCUCAAACCAAUUCUGAGAAGGUCUACAAAGAAAAAGAGGAAUUUGGCAAGAGUAUAAAACAUCUUCCAAAAUCUCUCUUACUACUAGCGAAGAAUCCAGCCUUCGUUUUCAUCAUCCUUGGGGGAACUGUUGAAAUCUUUAUCAUCGGCGGGUUAGCAACAUUUGGCGCGAAAUUGUUCCAAGAAUUUUUUAAUGUAGAUAUAUUGGAAGCCGGAAAUCUCAUGGGUUUCAUCACUGUACCUGGAUCUGCGGGUGGUAUGCUCUUUGGAGGUUAUGUUGUGAAAAAGUUCAACUUGAAAUGCCGAGGAAUAAUUCGCUUCAGCUGCGCAUGCUUGUUUUUCUGCAUGUUACUUGGCCCCUCAUUCCUGGCUACUUGUCCAAGCCGCCCUAUAGCUGGCGUGUCAAGGACAUAUCCAUCAACUGGGGAUUCGUCUUUUAUUUCCUCGUGUAACUCCGACUGUGGAUGUUCUACAAAAGGAUACGAGCCAAUCUGCGAUGAAAACCAAAUUGUGUAUUUUUCUCCAUGCCAUGCUGGAUGCAAAAGUAUCACCACUUUAAAUGAAACCAAGAUAUAUCAAGACUGUUCCUGUAUAAACAGCAGUGCCCCGUCCAUGGUUUUGAGAAGUGGGACGUGUUCGGGAAGAUGUACUUGGUUUUAUGUGUUUUGUGUUCUCUUGUUUUUGAUGAUGUUUUUGACAUUUUCUACAACCUCACCAACACUGACAGCAAUGUUCAGAUGUAUUCCACAACAGCAGCGUUCCCUUGGACUUGGAAUACAGUUGACUUUUGGUCGACUUCUAGGAACGCUACCUGGACCAAUAUUCCUGGGAGCCAUUUUAGACAGCACUUGUUCGGUGUGGCAGGAUAAUUGUGGGGUACGUGGAUCCUGCUGGAUUUACGAUAAAUGGCCGCUAGGUCUUCGUCUUAUGCUGUGGUGGAUGGGAACAAAAUUCACUGGAGUUGUUCUUCUUUUCAUUGCAUCUCUUGUGUACAAACCAGAGGUGGCAGAAGAUUCUACAAAUGCAGUGGAAGUGAAGAAUAAUAACGCAGAGAAAGCAGGGACAGACAAUCCCGUCUUCAAUAUUUUUGACGAGAAGAAGUGUAAUACUAGGUUAUGAGAGAGAGAGAGUGUGUGUGUGUGUGUGAGAGAGAGAGA